AUGAGGGUGUAGAAGUGGGACAGAACCAUGGAAGGAGGGUUGGGGUGGCCCCACUGAAUUUGGGACGAUCAGCUCCUGAGGACACUCCUCCUCUUUCUCAGGGCAACAGAAGGCAUCAACAUGGCGGCUCCUGUGCCAGCGCUCCCCCAGUCCUAUGCCCCUGGUCUGGACAGCGUGUUCUCCGACCAGCUGGGUUUCUACUCCAUCGACUCCAAUGUCCCCGGCCUCUCCAAAGUCAUCUUGGACAAACUCCACAUGAAGGACUAUGGAGACUACAGGCAAGCUAUGGAGGGGAAGACCAAAGGUGUGACCUUUCGCUCUAACCGGGAGAUGUUUGAGCAGUUGGAGGACACCUUUAAAUUCUGUGCAGCCUGCAAGAAGCUCCCGGCUCAUCUGGCAGACCCCAAGGCCCUCAAGCGCUGCAUUAAGUGCCUCAAUCUGUAUUACUGCUGCAAGGAAUGCCAAAGGAGUGACUGGCCCCUUCAUAAGAAGUUUUGUAAGAAGCUGCGUCUGGUAGCCAUUGACAGGCUGGUGGAAUGGCUGAUUUCAACAGGCGAUCUUCCAUUCCCCACACAAGCAUGGACCAGACCUGCUGCGGAGAUCAACAACUGGGACGACUGGCUGGCCAUGCAGGGAGAUCUGGCGCCCCGACUGGAGCCCGUCCUGUCUGGGAAGAACAUGAAAGACCUCUGGAAGAACGUGAACCGACCGCGGCCAGAAGAUGGCGACUUGAGAGAGUCCAUGUGGCGCGUGUGUAGCGAGUUCCUGACCCGGCCCUUGACCAUCGGCAUGGCCAUCAAGUUCUUCGGACUGGACCCCUACGCCAAGCCCCUCACCAUCCACCUGGUGGGAGCCGCCCACAACGAGACCCUGGGGGCCCGGGCAACGGACAUGGACGAGCUGAGCAACAUGUUCCCCGGGCACCAGGGCCUGGAGGUGGUGAUGGUGGGGCCGGAGGUGGUGGAGGGGAAGGCUAUUCGCCCACCGCUCGUGCAGUUCGGACCCAGAGGGAAGAGCUACAUCACUGGCCACAAGGGCCUCUAUCAUCAGUUCUGGGAAGACGUGGUGGAGAAAGGAGAUGCGCCAAAACCUGACCUGGUGGUUGGCUUCCAUCCAGGUUUUCAUGCCACUCAGAGUUUAGGCGAGGGCUGGCUACCAACACUACUGCUGCUGAGGGACUAUGAGCUUCCCUCCAUGUUCACCAUGUUCAAUGAGCCGGAGUAUGAGCUGUCUCUUCAGAUCCUGCUGGAGCUGGAGAUGCACAUCAAGGCUACAGGCGUGAACCCCUUCCAGUCCCAGAGGCCGGAGCCUGUGCAGGCCUGCCCCAACAAGCCUCCCAGCUACUGCAACGCCCACUACAUCUGCUUCCAAGGCCUGCUGGAGAGAGAGGAGUUUGAGGAGCCCGGACCCCAACAGGCCUAGCCUGCGCAAGGCUGAACGCACGCACGCACGCAUACACACACACACACACACACACACACACACACACACACACACACACACACACACACACACACACACACACACACACACACACACACAGGCAUGCACAGAUAGGGAUGCAGUGGUGCUACACCUGCCGGAUUGAUCUACUUGACAAAAAAGUGACAAAGAAGUGAGUUUUUUCUCCAUAAUGUCUGCACGCCACUACACACACACAUACACACACAGACACACAAACACACUCUCUCUCUCUCUCUCUCUCUCUCUCUCUCUCUCUCUCUCUCUCUCUCUCUCUCUCUCUCUCUCUCUCUCUCUGUUGUGCCACUGCCACAGGGUGUACAAUGCUCUAUGCUUGGCUUCCCAGACAUGCCGUAUAUGCUGUGCAGUCAGUGCGUGAGACUGCCUCGAUGGCUGGACCUAUUCUGUUCUGCCUCUCUCUUCAUCAGCACCACGCCUCCCCUUCUGUUACCAUUUUGGAUUUGAUGUUAUUGACACACGGUACAAAUUUACUGCAGUGGGUUUCAUGCUUUGGAGUCUUUUGUGUUUGCAUUUGUUGCUAUUUAUAUAUCUGACAUAGGCUACUUCAUGACAUUCUUUACUUUUUAUCUGGCUUCAAAAGGCAGUUUUGUGAAAUUGUUGUUGAAAUUAUGAUGUGCUUUGCAAACAACAACCAAUAAACCUUUGGUUGA